CUCUCCCCUCAGAGAUCAGACCGAGAUAGCAACCAUGAGCCACUCUUCCAUGCACGCUUCCACGUCCUACAGGCGUACCUUUGGCAGUCCACACCCCGUCUCCAUGUCCUCCUACUCCAGCGGGUCCUCCCGUACGCCCGUCUCUGGGGGCCGCUACCUGCGCUCCAUGUCCCCCAUGGUGUCGUCCCGCUCCGCCGCCUACCACCAACAACGCUCCCGUCCCGCCGUCCAACCCCAGCGCCUCACCUACGACAAGGUGGACUUUACCAUGGCCGAGGCCAUCAACCAGGAGUUCCUCACCACCCGCAGCAACGAGAAGGCCGAGCUGCAGGAGCUCAACGACCGCUUUGCCAGUUUCAUCGAGAAAGUGCGCUACCUGGAGCAGCAGAACGGCGCACUGACGCAGGAGCUGACCCUCUUCAAGGGCCAGCAGCAGCAAGGCCAGCCCAACCGCGCCUCCGAGAUCUUCCAGGACGAGCUGAGGGAGAUGCGGCGCCAGAUGGACGCCAUCGGCAAGGAGAGGGACCAGUACCAAGUGGAGCGGGACAACCUGGCGGAGGACCUGGCCCUGAUGAAGCAGAGGCUGGACGAAGAAGCCCAGAAGAGGAUGGAUGCUGAGAAUAACCUGGCUGUUUUCCGCAAGGACGUGGACGACGCCACGUUAUCCCGCCUGGAGCUGGAAAGGAAGAUCGAGUCUCUGAUGGACGAGAUCGAGUUCCUCAAGAAGAUGCACGACGAAGAAAUCCAGGAUGUUCAAGUGAGUGUGCAGACGCAGCAGCUGAGCAUGCAGGUGGACCACAGCUCCCGACCGGACCUCACUGGGGCUCUGAGGGACAUCAGGGCCCAAUAUGAGACCAUUGCCAUGAAGAACAUGCAAGAAUCUGACGACUGGUACAAGUCCAAGUUUGCAGAUUUGACCGAGUCCGCAAAGCGCAACGGCGACGCCUUGAAACAGGCCAAGCAAGAAGCCAGUGAGUCCAGGAGGCAGAUCCAGUCCCUCAACUGCGAGGUCGAUGCCGUGAAGAACACGAACGAAGCUCUGCUCAGGCAGAUGCGCGACAUGGAGGACCAGUUCGCCAACGAGAUCGGCAACUACCAGGACAACGUGGGGAGGCUGGAGGACGAGAUCCGCCACCUGAAGGACGAGAUGGCUCGCCACCUGCGGGAGUACCAGGACCUCCUCAACGUCAAGAUGGCGCUGGACAUCGAGAUCGCCACCUAUCGCAAACUGCUGGAAGGGGAGGAGAGCAGGAUCACCGUACCCAUCCUCAAUCUUGGAAUGACAAACCACCUUGGUGGGCGUGAUUAUGAACCCAUGCCAGUCAGCGGCAGCAAGAGGACCGUUGUGAUAAAGACUGUUGAGACCAGAGAUGGAGAGGUGGUGAAGGAAUCCAAGACGGAGAAGGAGAGAGACUCAGGUCACUCCGACAAAGACGACAAGGACAACUGAGAAGAAGAAGAAUGUGACCACCAAAAAACAAGCAUAUGAAAAAAAUAAUAAUAAUCCUUCUGUGUUUCAUUGCCAGGCAAACAGUAACUGAAGGCAGGUCAAUCAGUACAUUUAGACAGUGGGUCACCUUGGUGCUAGGGAAGCUGCUCCUAAACACAUCAUCCCUGGGACUACAAUUCCAUCAACAUACCAGUUGAGGCCUUUAUUUGCCGUGCAAUCCCGUGGAGCUCUUUGAUGGCCACAUGUUUGUAGCUUGCUAUGUGCUUGAAGAGCAAUAAUGGCUUUACCUCCAUUUAAAAAUAAAGAUGAAAACAUCCCUUUCCCAGGCUUUGCCUAGUCCGCCCCAACCAACCAUAUCACAACAAAAUAGAAAAAAAAAAUUGUUAAACUCGAGAAAAUGUUGAGAAACUUGAAUUAUUGAGCAUCAAAUGGCUGUUUGUAUUUGCCUCAUUAAGGAUUGAUCAUGUACUGUAGGUGCAAAUAAACU